GAACCAUUGGGAGUCAGUACUGACUAUCAAGCACUUUCUGUGAUCAUUCCACCUCUGCCGUUUCUUGACAGCAGACCUGCCAUUUUCAUCUUGUUUCUCCACUGCAAAACAUUAACUAGAUGCAUCCUUAAUAGAAAUUGCUUGUUCAGUUCCUGAACAGGAUGCAGCCUGAGACAAUGCUGAUUAACGUGGAAGCAUUCUUUCAGAUAGUACCAUGUCUCACUUGCAGUUUAGAACGUGUGAACUUUUGUGAUACAAGGAGGAGCAUCACUGCAAAACCAGCAUUUUUGCCUGCAUACAAAGUUCCUGUCAUGUAUGGGCUGCUUUACAAAACAAGAGUGGUUCAGUUCUGCAUUUUCAUUGGUCUGCCAACAUUGAAGUCAGACUUGAUCUGCUGCAAACUGAAAAUUUGACAAAGAUACAGUUAUAUAUAACCGAAACACUGCUCCAGCAAAGAAUAAAUAUAUAUAAGCACU